AUGCUUGUCUGUGCAUUUUGGGGUUCUCUUUUUCUGAUGAUUAUGGUUUUUUUCUGCCGAUAUUUGUGAAUUUUGACAGUCGUUGCCUUUUCUCACCCGGUGCUGUGCAGCCUUUAUACUUGAAUCUGGGCUUCUGCUUUGUUUGGAUUUGGAUAUUUCUCAGGGGACCUCUCUUGUGAAUGGAAUUUGGGAAUUUUUCUUUCCACCAACUAGGGUUUUUUUCGCCUUCUUUCUACGGAAUGAAUUGUCUAGCUGUAUUCGUUGGCUCAUGCACAAAACCUUUUUUUGGGUUUUGUUUUCGGUGAAUCUGGACAUCGGGUUUCUAUUGGUGGAACUUCGAACUUCUUUUCUGCAUGUCUCUUACUGAGGACGACGAGUGUUUUUUUUUGGUUGAGUUCUGCUAUAUCACGCUAAACUUGACUUCUAUUUCUUGUGAGUCAAUGUUGGUCCUGAGUACUAACACGCAGACCGGAAGCAGUUUCCUUAAGGCAGUUAUAGCGUAAAAUUACCAAUAUUAUGGAUAUAACUUUAGUAGUUAAAUUCUGCAACGUACCUUUGGUUAUGUAAUGGGUGCGUAGCAACGUAGAGGCCUCAUCUUUGUCACUACUGGUUUGGGCGUUGCUGUACUUUGCUAAUGUAACAUGCUUGCAGGCGCAAUGGGUCAUUUCUGAGGAAAUUGCAGUACGGCUACAAAGAGGCCUUGCUUUCUGGCCAUGGAACUGCCUAUCGAUUUUAUUUAUUGAUGUAGCUACAGGUUGCCAUUUUUUUUUUUGGUUAUCCUUGAGGACCUGAGGUGCUUCUUGCUGCCGGGGAGAACCCCCAGCUUCAUUAGGCUGUUGUCUAUGAAAGAAAUGUGAACAUAGUGUUUUUAAUGUUUUUGUUACUAAAAAAUUGAGGGUCUCAAUCCUUGAACUGGAACCUGCAAGCAUUAGAUGACACUGCUUGAUAUAUUAUCAUAUUAUGGAAGUGUUUGGGCUUUGAAAGCAUAAGUGAGACAAGGGGAAUAGGUAUCGGCACAAGCGUAGACCUAGCACUGGUUGAAGAUUUUGGUCCAAUCAGGCAAACUAGCAUAAUCAUCGAACCAACUGAAAUUGAUGGCAUGAUGCAUGUCCAAGUACUUGCUACAUUGGCAAAGACAUCAAUUUUAUGAUGGUCACUAAAUCAUGGACGCAUGUGGUAUCCAACUGGUGGGGCAGAAUAUGAUUCCUUCCUGUAGUUCUGAUGAGAAUGAAAGUGGGUUUGAAGCUUGGUUUAAGAAAAAUGCUUGGUUUUGUGUCUUUGUUUGGUUGUCAUCAAAAUUUAGUCAAAUUUUGGUAGCUGGAUUAUUGAAUCCCUUUCCUUCUCUUGCUUCCUCCCUAUCUUUUUUUCUCGUAGGAAUCUGGUCAACUAAUGGUAGCUUUUUCCAGUUGCAAUUAUUCUCUCUCUUUCUCACACACGUGCACUCACAAUAAGGGCCAUUAUGUGGUGCAACAUUUUUGUACAUGUAUACUGAAAUAUAAUUCAAAAUUGUUAGUUGAUUUCUUUACAUUUUUGAUUUUCUCAUUUGUUUCUCCACAAUGUGGUGCAUUAUUAGUUUUUUUGUUUAUCUUAUUUGUCUUCUUUUAUUUUGCUGUCAGGGGAGGGUAUAUUUUAUUUCAUUUUUUAUGUAUUCAUGUAUGCAUAUAACUGAUGCUUCUUGUCAGAUAUGGUUCUGCAUGGCCUUUUUGUAGUUCAGUUGACUUUGGUAGUUGGUUCUGAUGACAAGUGAGGCAAAUUAUUUCAUUUUGUUUUUUCCCCUCUUUUGGUUCUUUGGUGUGAUUUUGUUUCAGGUUUGGAGAAGCGUUUUAGGAUGAUUCAUGCUGGUUUGUAGAAAUUUGGUGCUUGAGGAAAGGAUUGCAGGAUUUGUGUUUGAUUUAGAGCACUUUUUGGAUUUAUUUACUGGUGGUUCCUGGCGUUGAGUCCCUUGAAUGGGUGCAAUGGCUGGCAGAGCCCUCCCAUCUCUUGGAAGAGUACAGCUCACUGAUCUUAUAGCAUCUGAAGGUCUCCCGUCUGAUUCAUACAAAAUUUCCAUGUCAACUUUGUCUCAAUCGCUUGCUCAAUACUCUGCUGCCAUCAUCCAGUUCCCUCUUGGAGAUGAUGCUCUUCUUAGAUCUGGACUGGAAUCUGCUCGUCUGUUUUUCCAUCAAAGGACAUAUGCAGCUACUGAAAUGGUCCGCACUAGUGACCCUCGUGAUUGGUGCAAGACUUCCGGUUAUUAUGCCGAUCCUCAACUAGGGCAAGAAACCUAUGAUUUCAGGCCUGGUCUGACACAGAUGGAAUCCACAAAUACAAUGGAAUUGCCUCCAGCAGGUUUACCUGAUAUGUUUGCUGUUCUUGGUAAGGCUGCUCGUGAUAUUUUGGAUGCUAUCAGUUACUCGUUGAACUUGCGUAGCAUAUCCUUUAUGGAGAUACUUGAUAAUUUUCCUUUAAGAAGCAAUGAAAUAUCUUCUUCAGUUCUCUCAGUUUGCUGCCAUGGAAGGUCAUCAUUUCAGGCUGCACAUGGUACCUUGAUAGGCCAUGAUGAUAGUCAGCUGGUCAUGUUUCCAGACCAUGAACCACAAAUGGAUAAGAGUUUGAUUACACUAUCUAAAUCAGAUAAAGCUGGUCUACAUAUUAGAGAUGAGCAUGGUCGCUGGCUGCUGGUGGAUGAUCUAGGCCCUCAAGAAGCCAUUGUUUACCCUGGCUUGGCUCUCUAUUGGGCAACAGCUGGAUACAUCAAGCCAGCAAUGCACCGUAUUGAGGUGAGUAGUUUGCAGGGUAAUAUGUAUGGACGGUGCUCAUUGUCUUUUAAGCUGAUGCCCCGGUCAAUGGCAACACUAUGCUGUUCAGAGAUGGUAGCUGCUGGGCAUGGUGUUGGGUCUCAGUUUCAGCACCCAAUAGGGGUGGAUGAUUUUAUGCAAAGCUACCAUCCUACUGAUCAAGUCCUCAAUAGACAUGGAUUUCAAAGUUAUACUUUUUCAUCAGCUCCUGAUGGUGCUGGAUCUCUGAAAGCUACCUUGAAAAAGAGGAAAACUUCUACAAAGUGUAAGCCACUGCCUCCUUCAAAGAGGCUUAGGCUUGAAGCUCAGAGGGUUCUUAAGGAGCGGGUUCAGGAUAUUGCAGAUAAGAAAGGCAUCAAAUUGCGUUUUUGCAGUCUUAAAGAAUGCGAGGAGCAUAUACAUUCUUUGGACAGCCCUUGCCUGAGUGUACGCACUGAGCUUGGCUGGCCACAAGGUGUGCCAUUUGUUCAUCCUCAUGACCUCCCUAACAAGGCAAAGGUUGGAUUUCUUGAAGCAUAUGAACCUGGUUGGGCUGCCUCACAAGAUAUGGAGUUAAAUCUGAUCGAAACAGGACAGGCUAGUCAACAUUCAGCCAACUGAGGCAAUAUUUAAGUUUUGAUAUUUGGCUUCCUUGUGAGUUAAAAACACAAGAGAGGAGCAUGCUUUCACAAAAAUGCAGCUAAACCCAGACAUUCAUUCACACGUGAUUUCGUUAUUGCCAAUCCUGUGAAGCAGCAGACAGGCAACUGUAAUUCAUCAUCUAUACAGUGUGAUUUCUGUAAAAUUUGUAUAUAGCCAGUUUCCUAUUCAAAUGCACUUAUUAUGUGAUGCGACAUAUCAUCAUCAGUCACGAAACCAUAGAAGCAUCACAUGGGGAGGCAUUCUGUUGCUCACAUAUUCUUCAUCAGUCUGCAAAGGUGUUGGCUAGUACUGUUUGCAUUUUUGUGAUAUUAUUGCUGAAAAGGUUUGUGUCACGAAAUGUUAGCAUGGGAAUAAAACAGAUUAGAAGGGAGAAAAGUUUCUGCAAUAUGCCAUUGCUGCCGUUCAUGAAAUACCAGCCCUUUGUAAGAGUUUGAAUUUCUCGUGCCGCAGUCUAAAUGAGGACUGGCAUCGAGAGGAUAUUUAGUGUAUGCAGGAACGGAUACUGAUUCAAGAUAACAUGGACUGACACCUCGUAAGGGAUUUGUGGACUUUGUCUUAUUGAACUUAAGCCUUUGGUCUCUAUCGUGGCUAACUUCGAUAAUAUUUGCGAUCAAGGGCUCCACUUAUUUAAUUGCGGAAACUUGUAAAGUCACCGAGCUGAGGGGACGUUGCAAGCUUGGAUCCCAACAGCGUACAUGGCUUGCUACAAGGCUAAAACUGGGUAUAGUUUCCUUUGGGCAGGAAGACUUCAAUGGUUUUACCUUAGCCAACAUGUGGCUGGCAAUUGUUUGGUUCCCUUGCACUUAGCUGAGAAAAGAGAAAGCGAGUGAAACUUUUGUGUCUGAGGGUUAUCUUGAACAUUGUGAGCUCUUUUGAGAAUACGAGCAGAAGGAUUAAAUUGAUAUCAUAUCUUUUGUCCCUGUACUUGUUGAAGGAAGAUUGUGGCUAUUAUUUAUUACGGAACAGAUACUUCAACAGAGGAAUAUUUUCAUUUUUGGGAAGGAAUCUGAAGACAAAUAUAAAGCCUCUUUUCCCCAUUCUGCUACUUUUCCACUGGAUAAAACAACGGCCUUGCAAAUUUAGUCUCUACUGAUGACAUUGCAACCAAUACUGGAGUUGCUAGUUUUAUUUUCACCUUUCAGAAUUGCGGAUGGUAGUGUCCCAACCGUUUUCUGUGGUCCGUGGGCUGGUAAAUAACUUAAAUUACUGAAGAUUGUCCUUUUAAGAUGGGUAUACUUGCAGCCGAAGAGCUGCUGCUUGGUUGCAGCUCUUCUAGCUUGUGCAAUGUAAGGGGGACUUGAGCUUGUACAAGCUCGAGAUAAUUGAACUUGGAACCAAGUUGACUUUGCUUAUAUGGAAAGUAGCCUUUCGAUACA